AUGUCCGAGCGAGACACCAAAGACGACACGGCGGCCAUGCACUUUGAGUCGUCGGCGAAGCCCGAGUCUGACGACGUUGAGACGGUGCCGGCGCUGGACGCGUCGACGCUGGCCAUUGAGCGGCGCAUUACACGCCUCGUUGUCGAGCAGCGCUCACUGUACAAUUCGGCAACCAGCCGCAAGGUGGACUUCCGUCUGCUGCCCAUCCUAUGCGGCCUCUACACCAUCUCGCUCAUUGACCGCUCCAACCUGGGCAGCGCCCGCAUCGCCGGCAUCAACCAAGACAUUGGGCUGUCCAUCGGCAACCGGUACUCUGUCGUGGUCCUCGUGUUCUACGUCGGCUACAUCCUCGUCGAACUACCCAGCAACAUCCUGCUCAAGUGGCUCGGCGCCGCCAACUGGCUGUCCUUUCUCAGCCUCUCGUUUGGCCUUCUCAGCGUGGGCACCGGCCUGAUCCACAGCUACGGCGCCCUGGUCGUCCUGCGCAUCCUGCUGGGCUGCAUGGAGGCUGGCUUGUUCCCCGGCAUAAUCUACCUCAUCUCGGCCUGGUACCGUCGGUUUGAAGUGCAGAAGCGCAUCGCCGUCUUCUUCAGCCUGGCGUCCUUUCUCUCGUCUUUUGCCAACAUCCUCGCCUACGGCUUGACCCAGAUCGCCGACGAGCCCGAGAAGCACGGCUGGCGCUGGAUCUUCAUCAUCGAGGGCUGCAUUACCUGCGGUCUUGCCAUCCUGGCCUGGUUUGUCAUCGUCGACUUUCCCGAGUCGCCGCGCAACAAGGGCUUCCUGACGGCCGAGGAACACGAGGUCCUGCGCCAGCGUCUCGUCCAGGAGCGCGGCCACGUCGAGGCGGGCAAGGUGACGGCCAAGCUGGUGCUGUCUGUUGUGUGCGAGUGGCGCCACUGGGCCAUCGGCUUUGUCUACUGCGGCGGCUCAGGCGGCAUCUACAGCUUCCUCUUCUUCUUGCCCACCAUCCUGCGCGACAGCAUGGGCUACUCCCAGGUCGCCGCCUUCUGCCUCACCACGCCGCCCGCCGCAGUCGCCAUUAUCUACUCCAUCGCCGUGUCGUACCUGGCCGACCGCAUGCGCAUCCGCGGCCCGUAUGCGGUGCUGGGCUCCGUCGUCGCCGUCGUCGGCCUCGCCAUGACGGCCUUUGUCGCGGCGCCGGGCCCGCGCUAUGCCGGCACCUUUCUCGGCUAUGCCGGCAGCACGAGCGUCAUCUCGACCUCGCUCGCCUGGGGCCAGAACAACGUGCGCAGCGACAACCGCCGCAACGUCGUCACCGUGAUCCAGAUCGUCAGCGCGGCCAUUGGCGGCAUCUACUCGGCGCUCGUCUUCCGCCAGCAGGACGCGCCCAACUACGUGCCGGGUGUCAUUGCCAUGGGUCUGCUGAUCCUGGUCGGCGGCAUUGUAUCUCUUGUCUCGUCCAUCGUGUUCUUCUUCCAGAACAAGCGCGCCGACCGCGGCGAGGUCGUCCUUGAAGAGUCCCCAGACUUUCGGUAUACCUGGUAG